ACCAGGCUACGAAGAGGAUGCUGUUCAUGGCACACCAGUGACGAGGUUGUGAUAAGCCCAAUGGAUGUUGCUGUCUGACAGAGUGACGAGGACGAUAGGCUACCCCCAUGGCUGCCUCGGAUGAGACGGAGCAGUGCAUGCUGCAGCGAUGCAGAUCUCAAAGUGACCCGAACAUCCUCACCGAGUCUUGCAUCGAUCUAUCGCACAGCACAGAUGUGAUGGAUGAGGAGAGGAUGCUGCGCUCCAGUUGCCUAGUGACGGGGGUGCACACACCCCCCAUCCGCCGCAACAGCAAGCUGGCCACGCUGGGGCGCAUCUUCAGGCCCUGGAAGUGGAGGAAAAAGAAAACGGAGAAGAUGAAGCAGAGCUCCACAGAUGUAAAUCUAGCGUGUGGCCUACACAAUACUGAUCGCGGCCGCCCCAUUCAGGGUGUGUCAGACAUGGAUAGCCGGCUGCCGCCUACACUACCCAACAUGCUCAGCGUCAGCAGCAUGGAGUACCUGGGCUCAGACCAGGAGCCCCUCCCCCCUCCACCUGAACUCCCAGAGGAAGCCGACUCGUUAGAAGAACCUUCAAACCCAGAGGAGGAGGAGGAGGAUGAGAGCGGUGAGGAGGAGGAGGAAGAGGAGGCUGAGGAAGAAGGCCCCCUGGGCGACAACGCUGACGGCAUGCUGGAAUGUAUAGAGGGCGGAGAUCAGGAAGGCUUGGAGCAGGCACUCCAGGGACACUCUCCUCCCGGCGCCCCCGACCCACUGGCCUCACAGCUGGGCAGCGAGGAAGAUGAGCAGGGUGUGGCCAUGGCCCCUGUGCACCAGUCCAACUCCUUCUUGCUCAAGGAGCCCCCGCGGUGCCCAGAGGGGCCCCCCGCCGUCCCUCUGCGGGGUCCCCUCUCCAACCUAGGCGGCAUGCACCCACCGCUGCCCCCUAGCUGCAUCAUAGAGGAGCUGCACCGAGCGCUGGCCAACAAGCUCCGGCAGGACAGAUGCAGAGAACUGCCCGUCACAACACAGCACAAAACUAACGAGAAAACUACUGGACAUUUGAUGAUGAUUUCUAAAGCAAAUUACUGCUCAAACACGAUGCAAAGUAUUGAGAGGGAACCCAGUGGCGAGGUUGAGAACCGGAGGGACUCGGAGGAGAACAAGGAGAACCUGCGGAUUGACCAGUGGUUCACCGACGAGUCAGGUCGCAUAUUCGACCAGGAGAGCUGGAACGACUCUGUCAUCUCUGGUUCUCUUCCUCGAAGGAUGAGGACGGAGCUCCUGGCGGUGAAACUGAGGAACCGACCCAGCAAGCAGGAACUGGAGGACAGGAACAUCUUCCCUACGCGCAGCGACCAGGAACGUCAGGAAAUCAGACAACAGAUUGAGAGUAAGCUUGCAAAGAGACUAAGUCAACGGCCGGCAGUCGAGGAAUUGGAGGGCAGGAAUAUUUUGAAACAAAGGAAUGACCAAACGGAACAGGAGGAGAGGAGAGAAAUCAAACAGCGACUAAACAGAAAGCUCAAUCAGAGACCCACGGUAGACGAGCUACGGGAGAGGAAGAUUCUGAUCCGUUUCAGUGACUAUGUGGAGGUGGCCAAGGCUCAGGACUACGACCGCAGGGCAGACAAGCCCUGGACCAGACUAUCGGCAGCUGACAAGGCUGCAAUCCGUAAGGAGCUAAAUGAGUUCAAAAGCACCGAGAUGGAGGUCCACGCAUCCAGCAAACAUCUCACGAGAUUUCACAGGCCGUAGAGGACUUUCUUCCAUGAAGAAACGAUGGAGCAAGAUUUUCUUUUUUUCUCCGUGAAAAUCCCGGAGGCUAUUUUCCUUCGGGGCUCCCCCCCCCCCCUCUGGUUUUGUCUACGGGCUUGUCCUUGUUCUUCCAGGACCCUGGCUUCCACGAAGGGCGGUGGUGGACUGAUGUUUCUUGGGGAAGCCCGCGAAGGCCACGCUUCGGCCAGGAGUAGCCUGAAGGACAGUCCACACACCAGAGCUUUGGGACAAUCCACUUUAGUGGAAAGGAGAGAUGAACAGAAGUGGAGUGUAUACAGUGUUUUUGUUCGUUUUUUGAGGAUUUUUUUGGGAAGGACAGUUGUUUCAAGAGACCAUCAGUGUUUGGUGGAAGUUGUGCAUGUGUGUGACCAGCUCCACUUAAAAAAAAAAAGAAAUGUUGAAAAAAAAAAAAGAA